UUGCAUUGUACUGCUUUACUUUUGAGCUCUACCCACAGCACUAGACUUGGCGUUAGGGCCUGAAGGAGUUAAUGCAAUCAGGAAGUGAGAGAGAGAGGAUCUGCCUAAACUCAUAGUGGAGGACAUGGAUUGGACAGUGUAGAGCACUGGGGGUGUGAGCGGUCACAUGACGCUGAAGAUGGCUGCAGCACAGUGGCACUCGCGGGAAAGAAACUAUGCGGCUGAGCUGGAGUCAUGCAGAUUGGAACGUGUACAUGUAGAAUAUGGGGAUUACCAUCCCUUAAAAGCCAUCACUGUUACAGAAUCGAAGUCUAAGAAGGUGGGGCGGAAAGAAAGCACCUCUUCCAGCUCUUCCUCCUGCUCCUCUAAUUCAGUAGCAGAUCCGCUGAGUAGCGUCCUGGAUGGAACGGACCCCUUGUCUAUGUUUGCAGCGACAGCCGAGCCAGUGGUAGCUACUACGGAUGUCAACAGAAAGAAGCGUGAGCAGGAAGAAUGCAUAGGAAGUGACUUUGAGCCAUGGUCUAGUAAACGUGGGGAGAUCCUGGCUAGAUACACCACAACAGAAAAACUGUCCAUAAAUCUCUUCAUGGGUUUAGAUAGAGGAAAACCUACGACUCCCGGUUCAGCGGUGUCGGAGAAAGUGAGAACUCGGCUUGAAGAGCUCGAUGGUCUGGAGGAGGGAUCGCAGAAAGAACUCUUGAAUCUGACUCAGCAAGAUUACAUCUGCCGUAUUGAGGAGCUUAAUCAGUCCCUGAAGGACGCCUGGGCCUCUGAUCAGAAAGUCAAAGCUCUGAAAAUAGUCAUACAGUGCUCAAAGCUUCUCUCCGACACAUCGGUGAUCAAGUUUUACCCGAGCAAGUUUGUGUUGAUUACUGAUAUUCUUGAUACUUUUGGUAAACUUGUCUAUGAGCGUAUUUUGUCAAUGUGUAUGGAUAACCGGACAGCUCUGCCUGCAAAUUUCACCCCGGAUAAUGUAAAUGACACUGCCAAGGAGACUUGUUUAAACUGGUUUUUCAAGAUUGCUUCUAUACGGGAGCUUGUACCAAGAUUCUAUGUGGAGGCAGCAAUACUAAAAUGCAACAAGUUUCUCUCUAAAACUGGGAUAUCAGAGAGUCUUCCUCGACUAACAUCUAUGAUCAAAGGCAUUGGGGACCCCCUUGUGUCAGUGUACGCCCAGGCUUAUCUCUGUAGGGUUGGCAUGGAAGUGGCUCCACACAUCAAGGAACAUCUCAACCAGAACUUUUUUGACUUCUUGCUCACAUUCAAACAAAUUCACAGUGACACGGUGCAGAACCAGCUGGCGGUGCAAGCUGUGGAGAUACCAAUUUACCUCACGCUGUACUCUCCUGCCAUAGACUGGAUGUUGCGGUGCAUUGCCUAUCGUGCUCCAGAGGCUCUGCUGAUGGAAAUGAUGGAGAGAUGCAGGAAACUCGGCAACAACGCUCUUCUGCUGAAUUCCGUGAUGUCUGCAUUCAGGGCAGAGUUUAUUGCUGCCAGAUCAAUGGACUUCAUUGGAAUGAUUAAGGAAUGCGAUGAGUCGGGCUUCCCCAGGCAUCUACUUUUCCGCUCUUUGGGACUGAACUUGGCUCUGGCUGACCCUCCUGAGAGUGACAGACUUCACAUUUUAAAUGAAGCUUGGAAAGUGAUCACGAAGUUGAAAGUCCCACAGGAUUACAUCAGUUGCGCUGAAGUCUGGGUUGAAUAUACCUGCCGACAUUUUACGAAGAGGGAGGUAAACACUAUCCUGGCUGACGUCAUCAAACAUAUGACCCCAGAUCGGGCAUUUGAGGAAGCCUACCCACAGCUUCAGUCUAUAAUUACCAAAGUUAUAGCUCAUUUUCAUGAUUUCUCCGUCCUUUUUUCUGUGGAGAAAUUCCUGCCGUUUCUGGAUAUGUUCCAGAAAGAGAGUGUUAGAGUGGAGGUUUGCAAGUGUAUCAUGGAGACUUUUAUCAGGCACCAGCUGGAAGUGACGAAGGAUCCGGUAAUACUGAAUGCUCUACUCCACGUCUGUAAGACCAUGCAUGAUUCUGUGAAUGCUCUGACGCUUGAAGAUGAGAAGAGAAUGCUGGCUUAUCUCAUUAAUGGAUUCAUACGAAUGGUGUCCUUUGGGCGUGAUUUUGAACAACAGCUCAGUUUUUAUGUGGAAGCCAGAGCAAUGUUCUGCAAUCUGGAGCCGGUCCUUGUCCAUUUAAUUCAUAGUGUGAACCAUCUGGCCAUGGAGACCAAAAAGGUGAUGAAAGGAAAUCAUUCCAGGAAGACUGCCUCUUUUGUCAGGGCUUGUGUCGCCUUCUGCUUUAUCACCAUUCCUUCUUUGGUCAGCAUCUUCACCCGCCUCAACCUGUAUCUUCAUUCUGGUCAAGUGGCUCUCUCAAACCAGUGCCUUUCACAAGCUGAUGCCUUCUUUAAAGCUGCAGUGAGCCUUGUCCCGGAUGUCCCAAAGACUAUUAAUAUAGACGGGAAGAUGCGUUCAUCUCAGGCCUUUCUCUUGGAGUUUCUCAGUAACUUCUUCUCUUCUCUGUUAGUUGUCCCUGACCACCCAGAACAAGGGGUUCUGUUCCUGGUACGAGGCCUUUUAAAUGUGAUUGAAGAUUACACCUGGGAGGAUAACAGCGAUGAUAAAGUUCGAAUCUACACCAGCGUUCUGCAUCUGCUGGCUGCCUUGAGUCAAGAAAGCUAUCUGUAUCAUGUAGAUAAAGUUGAUUCCAAUGAUAAUCUCUAUGGUGGGGACUCAAAAUUCUUGGCAGAAAUCAACAAGCUGUGCGACACGGUCAUAGGACAGAUUUUGGAGCAUCUGAAAGCUCUUGGGAAGGAAAAGACUCUAAAGCGUCAGAGCGCCCUUGCACUGCUCUUUUUUAAUAGUAUUCUCACUCACGGAGACCUGAGGAAUAACAAGCUGAACCAGCUGGCUGUGAACCUGUGGAACCUGGUUCAGAAACAUGGCUUUGCUGACACCAAGACUAUGGUUAAAACAUUGGAAUACAUCAAGAGAAGAAGUAAACAGCCCGAAUCAAGUUACUUGGGCGACUUGGCAGUCAGGCUUCCUUUGCAGUCUAGAACCUGAUGAGGUGUGUCUACAUAUGAAUUGCUAACAGCCAAGAGUUACAAUGGAGUGCCUGCCUAAGAAGCUGGGUGUUUUAUACUGCAGUUAGAAUGCCAGACGAGAAACUGAGAACUGCCUGAUCGUAGUCUCCUGUCAAUUCAGCCUGGUAGUUCUAAAGUAUUGUAUAUAUGUGUAGAACACAAUGACCUCUAUCAGUGUAACAAGUCAUUUUAAAAAUGUGUUCUAAACCCUAUGUCCAUCCUAUCCACAAACACCUGGCACAUGGUUAGCAGAAUAAUUGAAGUAUUGUUUCCACAGACUCAUUGCUGCUUUUUCUUGUCUACAUUAACACGCACUUACUUUAUACUGCCUUCUGUAUUCACAAUCCUUAUAUUUGAACAUUAGUAUGUAGGUUGAUUUAAAUUACACCUGCCUAUUAAUCAAAGGCCAUGUCCGUAAUCCUUUUUGUUCAGAAGCAUUUUAGUAUACAUGCGAAAUGAAACCACCACUGUUUAUUAUAAACAUAUUACAAGUUAAAGAGUGUAAUGCGCAUCUAUGGAGAUUCAGGCUUGUGAUAUUGCUGUAUAAGCUACAUGAAGGGGUAUGUUAUUCCUUCUAAUGCAUUUUUAACAGUGUUUCUAGGGUCUAUUGAGGCUAUCACGGCACAUCUGACUAUAAUAUAAAUCUGAUUAUACAUUAUAAUACACAAGUGAGGUUUAAUAUGUGUAUAAACUCCAAUAAAUAAUAUACAUAUGAGAUCUGAUAGAAAACGUGAGUAUUUGGGUGUCAUAAGUCACCUCACUGUCACCUGACCUUAUAAAAACAUGAGACUAUACAGUGCUUUUAUACAGUUGUGACUUCUGAUAUGCAUAUCUUUUACAGCUGGAAAGGAAAUGCGUUAUCCAUUCUCUGGGGAUGUGUAGUGUAACAUGUAUGUACACCAUUCCUAUGUAAGUCAACAUUGUAAAAUAAAGUUUCUUCAUUUCAAA